UCAAAAUGGCUACUGACAGGGUAGAGGAAGGUGAUGAUGGACAAACGAAGGUUGCGUGUAUCACCACUGCAGAUUCAACUCUAAAUACUUUGGAAAGAACAACCCUCAAUGGGCCUGAAGCAGGUGUGACAGAGAACUUGAAGUGUGGUUGGUUGACUAAGAGAUCAAAGCUGUCUCAUAAAUGGGAGAAGCGCUGGUUUCUGCUGAAGAGCAGCAUGCUGUAUUACGGGAAUGAUGCAGAAAAUCUGCACAAGAACAUUCCACUGAAUGGCACCGAAAUAGCCGAGGCCGACGUCGAUCGCAAGCAGUUUGUGUUCCGACUGAAGCCCAGUGAGAGCCGGAGGACGUACUACCUGCAGGCGGCUUGUCAGGAGGAACUGCAGGAGUGGAUGCAGGCCAUCUGCUUUGCCAAAGCAGCCAGUCGUCAAGGUGGUGCCUCCCAAGCCUGCUCCAUACAGUGACUCUUUGACCUUGGAGUUAAGGCAACCAAGAAUUCAGUACAGUGAUGGCACAGCAAAGAAGACUGCAGCAUCUCCUUUUUUUCCCGAGUUUCAUCUUUGAGCUCUGCCUCAUAUAGAUGCAGGAAUUUAACAACUUGGAUAGCGGCAGAUCACUCUACAAACCUACCCCCAAAUGAUCUAACGCAGACCUACAGCUGAUGAUGAAUUCCACAAGAUGAUUUUUUUAUUUUUUUUUGCAUUUCUACUGUUAAAGUGCUGUCACUUUGGAACCUGUACAUACACGUCACUACAACUAUCUCAAGGGGGAUGCGAGGAGGAAGGUCUGGUUGUCGGACUCAACUGAUACGUACAUACAUGUACAUAUAGGUCAUUCUAUGAGUUAGGGGUCCAAUAUUUUCAUAUGAUGCAAGAUAUGGGGCAGAGAGCACCCCCCCCACACACACAAACCACCUUUGUGUUGGUCAUUG